AUCAUCAUGGGGGAUUUCAACGCCGCCUGCGGUUACGUUCCAAAGAGACAGUGGGUGAACAUCCGUCUGCGCUCGGAAACUGAGUUUGUGUGGCUGACGGGCGACAAGCUGGACACGUCGGUGAAGACAUCUACCAAAUGUGCUUAUGACAGGGUGGUCCUCCGCGGAGAGAAGAUGAUCGAGGCUGUGAAUCCUGAAUCAGUGGAGGUGUUCAACUUUAAAGAGGAAUUUGGCCUCACUGAGCCGGAGGUAAAUAUAAUCUAA